UAGCUAGGGCGUCGAAGACGCGACGAGCCACAUCAUGCCUACUGAUCCAGGACCCUGGAGGAGAAGCUACUUGUCAUCUCUGACUCUGGCGUAGGAUCAGUCUGGAUCUCAGGCUCGUGCUCAAACUCAGAGUUGGAGUUGCUGCUUUUGUUUCUUUUCUUUUUUUUUGCAAUUUUCCAGCAACCAGCCAAAGUGCAGGCUAUUUCUGAUCAUACAUACAUUGUACCUAUCGGUUGGCUUGUGUGUGUUCUCCACCGGAAAAGAGCUAGUAUGAAGUUGGCUGAAGAUGCUCAAAGUCUUUUGCCGCCUGGCAACACUUCACCAGGACUCUCCGUAAAUAAAAGUUACUAUGCAGCUGCUGGAAAAGGAUUGGGGGUCUUCUCCACUAUCCUGUUCGUCAUUGGUGAAAUGGCCGGUGGUGGUGUGUUGUCUCUACCGUAUGGUGUGUACCAAAUGGGCUGGAUAGGCUCCGUAAUGGUGGUGGUGAUUGCACUGGUGUCAGGCUACACUGGUGUACUGCUGGGCAGAUGCUGGCAGUUUCUGCUGCGCCAGUGGCCGGAGGACUACGCGAGCGAGCACGUGAGGGACCCGUACCCGUCGAUUGGCGAGCGUGCGGCGGGCCGCUGGGCGCGUAUCACCGUAUCCUGGCUGAUCAACGUCACGCUGUUUGCCGUGAGCACCGUGUUCCUGCUGCUCCUUGCGCUGAACCUGCAGUGCCUGUUCGCGCACAGUCUGCAGUAUCGCUACUGGGUCCUGAUCAUCGGCGCCGUUCUGAUCCCGAUGAAUCUGCUCGAGUCGCCGAAGGACGCCUGGUGGGUCGCCGCGAUCGCCACGGGCGCUACGUCUAUUGCCGUAGUUACUGUGAUCAUACUGCUGCUGCUCAACGGCGAGAACCCCACAGCCACGGCCGCGUCACCCACGUUCGAGAGCUUUGUUCUGGGUGUCGCCACGGUGGCGUUUGCGUUCGGCGGUCACGCGUCCUUUCCAACGUAUCAGCACGACAUGGCCGACACGUCCAAGUUUGGCGUGGCCGUCAUCAUCGGAUACGUGGUCAUCCUGGCCAUGUACAUUCCCGUCAGCACCAUUGGCUCGCAGUACCUAAAGGGCGACACGAGCGGCAACAUCCUGGCCAACCUGCACGCCAAGUCGCCGGGUGUCAACCAUGCCGUCACCGCGGUCACCUGGCUCUUCAACAUUCACAUCCUCUUUGGCUACGUGCUCGUCUCCAACCCGGUCUCGCAGGACAUUGAGCGGCUGCUCAACUUGCCGCAGAAAUUUGGCCUUCCUCGCGUCAUCUUGCGCACCGUGCAGGUCAUCCUGUCCAUUGCGGUUGCUGUCGGUGUGCCCUGCUUCACCAAGAUCCUGUCGCUCAUUGGCGGUACGACUGUGAUGCUGCUCAGCUACAUCUUCCCGGCACUGUUCUUCCUGCAACUCGCCGCCCAGCUGAAGUACCAUGUCCCACUGCACGAGCUGGUCAUUAAUUAUCUUAUUAUUGGAGUUAGUUUUCUGAUGAUGGGUGCCACUAUUUACUCAGCCUUGCAAGGAUUCAUCAAGGAGGGCUGUAAGUACCCUAAGGGCUGCCACUGAGACAACAUAGCCGCGCCAGGCCAUUGCUUUCCGUCCGUCCGUUGGUGUGUGUGUGUGUGCGCGCGCGUGUUGCUUCUUGUGUUCGGUGGUAUUCGCUGCAACCACACAAUUGUGCCUUCUCUCUAUUUUGGAUGGAAAUUGAUAAGCUCUGACGCUGUGUGUAUAUUACAUACUGUAGUUCUUUCGGAAAAUGCUCGUACGUUACACACCGAUGAUUUUUAAACCCUGCAAUUGAAUACCUUCUCAACAAUGAUUUUUGACUUUAUUGAGUUGGUAUUUUGUUUUACUGUCCGAACAGGGAGGCGGUGAAUUUUAUUACAGGACGUAUCACACUUGCCAAUAUCAGAUUUUGUACCAUGAAAAUCAUCUUUUUGAAAAUCUUGACCUUUUUAACAACUUAUUUUUAACUUUUGCGCGAAAGAAACCUUUUUACGAACUGUAUGCAGCACUAUACUGGACGUCUUCUUUUCUUGUCUUUUUUGUGCUGAUAGUACAUGUAGUUAAUAACCCCCCCCCCCCCCCCGCCGUGAUGCUGCAGCAGCUCUACCUCUUGCUGUCACUACUGUACUCACGGUUAGCAAGACUACCGGAACUCGCUCCAUAAUAAAAGUCUAAAGAGUACAUUACAAUACUACUAGCAAUCAUGGCUAUGUCCUCUUGAUAUUAAAUAGCAAGAGUGCAUACAUGAA